AUCCUUUGCGCUUUACGUCCUUUUUGGACAUUCCGUUGAGGUGUUUGUUGGUCGUAUUUCUGCUUGUGCGUUCAGAUUGCGCCUUCUCGCGAAGAAUAGUCAAAUUCAUCGCAGAUAAACGCACUUUGCAAGCAUGUCUCCGAGGACAAAACUUUUUGUGGGCCACCUUCCAGACGGCCUUAGAAACGAGGAGCUCACAGAUCUUUUCUCGAAGUACGGAACAGUCACGGAGUGUGACGUCAUCAACAAAUAUGGCUUUGUGCACAUGGCUACAGAAGAGCAAGCUGAGGAGGCCCUCAAGAACCUAAACAAUUACAACUUCAUGGGCUCCACAUUAUCAGUAGAGCGUUCGACGAGCAAAUUCCAUCAAGAACCUGGAGCGCCAGGUCGUGCCAAAGGGGGUCCCAGGCCCCCCUACGGCUCGAGGAACGGGUAUGAGGGCAGGCCUUCCCCCGGUGGGUACUACAAUGGUGGUGGCUACAGCGACUACCGCCGGGGUGGCGGAGACUUCUACGAGCGCGGACCCUACCGUGGAGGUCCAGACCGUCCCAGGCCCUACCCUGCCCCUUACGACAGGCGGGAUGACCCUUACGGACCUCCACGCAGGCCUCCAGGCCCCCCAGGAAUGGGCCCUCCCCAGGACAUGUACGAGAGACGCCCCCUGAGGCCCCCUCAGGAUUAUUCACUCUACUCUCGUCGAUCCCCGCCUCCACCCUCUGGGUACAGCUGGGGCGGUGGCUAUGGCAGCAGUGACAGUAUACGACGGCGACGUACUAUGCUUCUAAGGAGCUUGCUUAUUGGAACUUCGUCCAGGGUGAAUCAGUGGAGAGCGCGAAAGGUAGCGGAAGACAGCUGGGAGUUCAUCAUGACAAAGCUCUACAUUGGCAAUGUCCCAGAGGGCUGUGAUGUGGCAUCCCUGGAGGCCAUUUUCGCCAAGUAUGGAAAGGUGGACGAAUGUGAUAUCGUGAAGAACUACGCGUUUGUGCACAUGGGUGUGGAUGAUGAAGCGAAAGCGGCAGUGGACGGCCUGCACAAUUCCGAGUUCAUGGGAUCCAAAAUCACAGUGGAGGUAUCCCACAGCAAAGUACGACAGAGGCCAGGCAUGGGAGGACGUGGCCAGUGUUAUCGUUGUGGCAAACAGGGCCACUGGUCCAAGGAGUGCCCCAGGAAUCCAAACGCCCGCUUUGGUGGCCCCAUGCUCCCUCCAGGGGGUCCAAUGGGCCGUUACGGUGGACCUAGUGACCGCAUGGGAGGUUACGGCGACCGCUUUAUGGACCGUGGUCCGUACGGAGACAGGGGAUACAGUAGUGGAUAUGGUGAACGCAUGAGGCCCUACCCAGACCCCUAUGAACGCCGGCCACCCCCGCCACGCUCUGGGGAUGACUUCUACUACUACCGCAGGCCAUAUGACGAUUAUGGGAGCAGUUACUACGGUUCACAGGAUGGGGGCCAGUCCUACAGCAACGGCUACAGUUAUUCGGCCGAUCGGACGUACCCCAGCGCGUCGCGAACGGCCGCGUUCUAAAGGCGGGCACACGCGCGCGUCUCGGGCGUGCUUGUGGCGGGACGUACAAGGAGAGCCGUGGAGGACUGACGGAUGAUCGCGUCGGACGCGUGCGUUGGACUCUGCACUAUUCACGUGUCACCUUUUUUUGUAAACAUUCUAACUCACGGAUUUUUCACCAUCAUGCUGUUCUGAGGCAGCACCUUUGUAAGACCAUGUUCAUGUUUCUUGCUUUCACCGUGGUAUGUAUCAUGUAGUCGUCCUCAUGUGUUUAGGUCGUGUACAACUGACGAGGGUUCGUUGCUAUUAAAUAAACGCUGCACAGCUAGA